AUGGCCACCAAGCACACGGGCUCAGCACUACACAAAACCCCAGCCUGGUGGAAAGAAGCAAGUGUCUACCAGAUCUACCCAGCAUCCUUCUGUGACUCCAACGGCGAUGGCAUUGGUGACCUUCGCGGGAUUAUAUCCAAGAUCCCCUACCUCAAGUCCCUCGGCAUUGACGUUGUGUGGCUCUGUCCCAUCUACAAGUCCCCCCAGCGCGACAUGGGCUACGAUAUUUCUGACUACACAGACAUCCACCCACCAUAUGGCACACUGGAGGACUGGCGAGAACUGAAACGGGGGUUGAAGGAUGCCGGGAUUAGGAUCAUUAUGGAUUUGGUUGUGAACCACACUUCAGACGAGCAUGAGUGGUUCCGGCAGUCCAGGUCGAGUCGCGAGGAUCCCAAGAGGAGCUGGUAUUACUGGCAGCCUGCGAAGUACGAUGCCCUUGGUCGACGGCAGACUCCGAAUAACUGGAGAUCUUUUUUUGGCGCGGAGUCCGCUUGGGAGUGGGAUGAGGGCUCCGAAGAGUAUUAUCUGCGGCUUUUCACGAGAACGCAGCCGGACCUGAACUGGGAGAACCCGGACGUCCGUAAGGCAGUCGAAGACAUAAUGACCUUCUGGCUGGAAGAAGGAAUCGACGGGUUCCGAAUUGAUGCCAUUAACUACAUCGCAAAAGCCCCUGGGUUCCCCGACGCCGACAUCAUCGAGCCUUCCUCGACCCACCAGCCAGCUAUGCAUCUGUACCUCAACAGGCCUAAGUGCCACGAGUACCUUCGCGAUAUCGGGCAGAAGGUCCUGGCGAAAUACGACGUUAUGACGGUCGGCGAAACCCCCCACGUCGAGGAGGUCGACAUGGCACUGCAGUACGUGCACCCGGCCCGUGAGGAAUUCUGCAUGAUAUUCCCCUGGGAACAUAUGGAUCUCGACCGUGUCCCGGGCACCAUGCUUGGGUGGCGCGACUUCUCGCUCUCCACGCUGAAAAGAGUCGUGGAUAAGUGGCAGACGGGGAUGCAGGCCCAUGGGGGCUGGAACAGCCUGUAUCUGGAGAACCACGAUCAAGGCCGUAGUGUCUCGCGCUUUGGAAGCGAUAGUGUCGAGUUUCGCUGGCUGUCAGGCAAGCUGCUUGCCAUGUUUUUGGCAACUCUUAGCGGAACGCUGUAUGUGUUCCAGGGACAGGAAAUUGGAAUGAUCAAUCUGCCGCGCAGCUGGGGAAUCGAGGAGUUCGACGACGUCGUGUCGCAAAUGCACUACGCCCAGGAAAAGGAAAAGAAAGAGAGGAAACAGGAGGUGGUGACGAAGCAAGACAUGGAAGAUGUCAUGGACGACAUACAGAAGAGGGCUCGCGACAACGGGAGGACACCGAUGCAGUGGUCUGGGACGCAGCCAUACGCCGGUUUCUCAACGGCUGCGCCCUGGCGAAAGGUGAACCCGGACUACGUUGCUUGCAAUGUGGAAGACGCUGGAAACGAUCCGAAUAGUGUAUUGGCGUUCUGGAAGAAAAUGCUGCAGCAGCGAAAGCAGUGGGAGACGCUAGUCUAUGGUGAUUUCAAGCUGCUCCACCCUGACCACGAGCAGCUCUUCGUGUACAAAAGGACAUUGCAAGGAGGAAAUAGCGCGGUGGUGUUAUUAAACUUCUCGACUCAAGACGUGGCACUCGAUGGGAACACACUCUCCAUAGUACAGGAUGCUCAACUCGUGUUAACCAACUACCCGAUGGAAGAUGAUGGUGCGCUCCGGCCAUGGGAAGCGAGGCUAUACCGCGUGAAUGAUGCUUGA